UCUGUCAAGAAAACUUUGCACAGCAAUGGAUGGCAAAUCUGUUGCGGUCGCUUUGGUUCUCUAUCUGGUCUCAAUGGCAGGGUCAGAAGGUAAGGCCCUGGAGAAGACCAACAAAAAAGGCUCCCAAUGCCAGUGCAUAAGCACUCAUUCCACGUUCAUCCCUCCCAAGACGGUUCAGGAUGUGAGACUGAGCCAAAGAGGACCUCACUGCAAAAAUGUGGAAAUCAUAGCCACACUGAAGGACGGCAGGGAAGUGUGUUUGGAACCCACUGCGCCCUGGGUGAGGCUCACUGUAAAGGCUCUGCUGGCCAGGGCCAGGGACAAUACUGAGCCACCAGUCAGAGAGAAGUCAAGGAAAGAUACACCUUGGAGUUCUUCAAGGACAUGAAAUGAGAGGAAACGCUGAUGAGAAUGCCAAGGAACAGACCCCUCACCUCUGCUACAUUACUAGAGUUGAUUAUUUUUCUUUUCCUGAGAUAGCUGCUAAAUCUCCAUAUUUCCUUUGCUGUGUCUAUCUCUAAACUUCUGUCUGUGAUGGAUCAAGGAUUCAAGCUUAAUGAAUGUGUUUUAGUGCUGUAAGGAUGAGAAUAAACAAGAUUAAAUUAGUUACCCUUAAAUGGCCUUACUUAAAGCAGAAACAGAAUUAGCAAACACAUGGAUAAACACAUAAUAAGGAAGUAUCUGUGUAGCUUGGAAGGAAGUAAUUUUUCAUGCACUUGUUAUAGUUGUUGACAACAAGCCUAGGGAUGUGGCAGGCCCCACAGAUAGAGUCAUAUUGUCUUUCUGAAAUCCUUUCACAGCCCUCACCAAACAUUAGAAAUAAUGAGGCUAAGAAAGAGGUCUUGGAAAUGAAUACAUAAGAGAUGAAGUGCAGAAUGAAAAGAUCAGCUUUUAUCAAUAAAAGAACAUCGCCCAUGGAUUCCUAAACCACUUUAUGUGGAGUCCCAUUUGGUUUGGCAGUUGCACAAGUUGUCUCGAAA